GAAAAGACUGGAAGGCUGAAUUGCCCUGUCCAACACCCCCUGCAACCGUUUCCUCAGCGCUCGCUCAAAGGCCCAAGCUUCUGCGCAAACCUGCCAGCCAAAAUUUCCACUCUUCCAUCAUCGUAUCAACACCACCACCAUCACCACCAAAACAACCACCUCUCCUCCUCCUCCCUCCCCACACAUCGCCUAUGCGACCACCCACAAUGCGCACCACCGCCCUCCAAGCCUACCGAAAAGGCGUCCAAUCCCUCACCCGCCCAUCAACCACCUCCCGCCUCCUCCCCCCAUCAACCACCACCCGACAAGCCUCCUCAACCACCACCCCCCCAAGACCAAACCCCUACAUCCGCAAACCCAUCUCCAAACCCCUCACCUCCAAAACCCUCCCCCCAACACCCUCCCCCGCUCCCACCGCCGAAGAAGAACCCCUCAUUCCUGAAGCCCCCCAAACCCACGACCUCGACCCCUCCUUCAACCCCCCUAUCCACAACCCCUCCGCCUCCCCCCCCUCCCAAACCUUCACCACCGCCAUCAAAUAUUGCCUCCCCCUCCCGCCCCUUUCCCCCCUCCGACUCAGGAAUCGACUGGUCCUCCUCCUUCCACGGCCUCAGCACCAUCGCCUUCUCCCCCGAAACCUCCUCCAUCCUCAUGGCCCCCCUCGACCCGAUAGACGUCGAAAUGAAGCCAGACGGGAUAAUCUACCUCCCCGAAAUCAAAUACCGCCGCAUCCUCAACCGAGCCUUCGGUCCCGGCGCCUGGGGCCUCGCGCCCCGCGGUGAACUCGUGAAAUGCUGUGCUGAUAUGAAAUGGAAAAAAAAAAGAUUCGUCGCCCAAGCCCGCGGAGAAUGCCAAUACUUUGGCGAAGACAACAUCCCCACCGCCGGCGAGGGCUGCAAGUCCAACGCCCUCAUGCGCUGCUGCAAAGACCUCGGCAUCGCCUCGGAGCUCUGGGACCCGAGGUUCAUCCGCGAGUUCAAAAAGAAGCACUGUCACGAGAUCUGGGUCGAGCACGUCGUUAACGGAAAAAAAAGAAAAGUCUGGACGAGAAAGGACGGCGAGCCCAUGUAUCCUUACAAGGUCUCCAAGGGGGGUGCCACGACAUCGAGUUCAUCAGCAAGAAGGGAUGAUCUUGGGCCGGUGAUAUAA